AUGGCUUUUGAUUCAAUCCCAAAAGAUUUGCGGGCGUUGCGAGCGUGCUUGGUGUGUUCAUUGAUAAAGUCAUUCGAUCAGUUCGAAACGGACGGCUGUGAUAACUGUGAGGAUUUCCUACGAAUGAAAAAUAACCGGGAACAGGUUUACGAUUGUACCAGCAACAAUUUCGAUGGAAUGAUUGCGGUUAUGACUCCGGACGAUAGCUGGGUUUGCAAGUGGCAACGAUUAAGUCGCUUCACAAAAGGAAUCUACGCAAUAUCUGUAUCCGGAAAGCUUCCCAACAGCAUAAUCAGGGAAAUGAAGAAUCGUGGAAUUCCGUAUCGGCCCCGCGACACGAGUCAGCGAUAG